GGGUGUCUGGUUUAAGAGGUUCCACUGUAUUUGUAAUUAGUUAAUUUAAUAACAUUAAUUAGAAAAUAUUUAUUCAGUAACAAAUUAAACAUGAUUGAGCUAUUGUGGUAAAGAGGCAUUUUAUAAACACUGCACACACAGCUAUAGUACAUUUUAAAAAUAAUCAUUCCAGUAAUAACUCAUUUUAGUACCAGUAAGUAAACAAUUUCACCAAGUCCUGCAUAAAUCAAUAUUUUAACAACCAACUGUUGCAUUUAUCACAUUGUUGGUUGGACCCAGAUGUUUUUCGUGUCGCAUGGAACUUCCAUUGUACUUGUGCAGAAAUCAAUACCUUGAGUGAUAUCAUAUUUGUGACACAGCCUUGCAGUGUUGUUCACAGAAAUGUAAUAUGUAAUGGCAGGAGGUGGACUAAAUUUCUAACAAUUACAAAUAUUUUGUUUGUUAAUUUUACACCUACCUGGAACAUUUAUUUUGCUUUAAUAUUGUUGGAUUUUGAAGGACAUUUUGAGGAUUUCAAGGGAAACCAAUGAUGCAUAAGUGUGCAGAUUUGAAAACAGCCUUAUUUGUGGUGGAACGUGAACAAACAUCCAUGCAGACUGAAGCCUGAAUAUUUUGAUAUGUGUUGCUGUUACUUUUCGUUGUUUUAACUGGACCAAAAUAGUUACACUGCUUGGUGUGAUUUUUAAUGUAUUUGAGACCAUUAAACAUUGAAUACCAAUACAGUUGCAAAGUGUAUAGACAAGGUUUUGAAAAGAACCAAAAAACAGGUGUGGAUUAUGAUAAAUGAAUUUUUGUGGUUCUUAGUACUAUAGCAAGUAUUAUUCUCGAUCUGGAAUUUUGUAAUACAAACCUGGUUUUGUGUGUCUUUAUGUGUAAAUUAAGUGAUACAUGUGUAUAUACAUGUGGAAUUUUUUUUCCACUACCAGUAUACAUAAAGAGGCUUAGACUAUUUGUUUUUUAAAGUUCAUGACACAUAUUAAUAUUGUGUUAUAGUUGUAAUAGCAUUUAUAAACUAAUACAUGUAGUACCACUGGAAUUCAUCACAAAGAGUGAAGAUAUAUUUUUAAUAUUUUAAAAAUGUAUGUGUUUACAUGUAAGACAUUAUGUGAGAGUUCAUCAGAUCGGUGUUUUUAGGUUUAACUCUUCUGCUCCGGUCUGAAGAUACUAACAGGAAAUGCUGUUGUUCAAGUACCUAUUUCAUCUAGCUUGUUACUCUUUAUUUUUAAAAACUUUAAUUGUCAUUGCAAAUUCAUUAUUUUAAAUGUUUAUAUGACAUGUUUUAGUGGCAUUCAGUUUAAUGUUUGUUGUUACUCCAUCCAUGUUAGAUGUUGAUAAAUAUUAUGAAACUAUAACAUGUUUUAUUUAUAGAUAAUUAUCAGUGGCCUAUAGAAAAUAUUUAUACACUAUUUAUUAAUUAAUGUUUAUGUUUAGGUAAUUCAAACUGUGUGCAUGACUAAUUGUGUAGUAUAUGUAGACAGUUUUACAAAGUGAAACAGUGACUAGCAUUUUAUACAUAAAACUAAAUCUGCAACUAGUGACUAUUAAAACUUUUUUCAAACCACACAAGAAGGUUGAAUUUUUUACUUCAACGUGCCUGUAUAUAUUUUAAACAAUGGAGAAACAAAUGAGUGAAGAUAAUUUGGAGCCGGACCAAGAGGAGCUUCAUGAGUUGAUGAUACAGAAGGCUCAUGACUUGUUCGAUAUAUGUGACAAGGAAAACAAGGGAUUUAUUAAUAAGAGAGAUAUGCAAAGGUUGCGCAGUGAGCUCCCUUUAUCAGGAGACCAACUAGAUGCAGUAUUUGACUCCCUGGAUGACGAUAAAAAUGGAUAUUUGACUCUUGAGGAAUUUACAGAUGGUUUUGGAAGUUUCCUAGGGAUGAAGCCACAGUCUCAAGAUGAGCCUGAGGCUAUUGAACCUGAAGUAGAGGAGCAUGACAAGCACUUUGAGGACAUGAUGGAUCAAAUUGGAGGAAAAACUUUCUUUCUAGAUGAUGACACAGUCAAGAAACUGUGGCUAAAGUUACAGAGUGAUCAUCCUGAUCUAUUGACCAACUUUGAACACUUUUUGGGGAAAAUCACGGGGGACAUCAGUAAAUCACAGAAGGAGAUUGAUACUUUGGAACAUGCUCUAAAAAGCAAGACUGUCACUCAUGAUGAAGAAGUGAAGAAAUUGUAUGAAGAAAUGGAGUGUCAGAUCAAACAAGAAAGGGAGAGAAUCCUCACUGAGGAAAGACUAAAAGAGAAACAACUGAAGGAAGAAAUGGAAAGUAUGUUGGCUGAGAAGGAAAGACAGUUACAGGAAAUACUACAAAAACAGCAAGAGGUAGAGUCCCAGUUAUCCAAUUUAAGUGAGUCAUACAGUGGAGUAAAACAACAGAAUGAAAAACUGUUGAAGGAGAAGGCUGUUUUGGAAGAAGAAUAUAUUUUAGCACAAGAAGGCCUCGAGGAGUCAAAGGCAUACAUUAGUCAACUGAGAGAACAGCAGAAGAAUGAGUCGAGGGAACGAGCCAGGGCUGCUCUAAAUCUCACAGAGGGAAUAGCCAUGGAAAGAGAAUCCCUUGUCAAGCAGUUAGACAUGCUGAAAGAUAUCAACAAGAAGCUGUUGGAUGAUAAGGAUGAAGCGGAGGCUGCUGAGACAAGGCGGGAAAAUUCGCCAAUUAACUUUGACACAGAACAGCUCAUUCAGACAUCUCCAGAUGUUACGAAAGGGGAGGGGAGCAGUCACCCCCACAGGAAGGAACUCACAAAACAGGGAUCAGUUUUAUCCAAGUACUUCCCAGACCAUGUCGGCCGAAGGACUAGCUCGCUUGCCUCCGAGGUUUUCGCCGAGGACAUAGAUGGCCACAUGGCUGACAUAGAAGAUGAUGACAUUGACUGUUUAUAUGUGAACGAUUCUUGUGAUUCUUAUAAUAAACAUAAUGAACGUGGACUUAUAUACUGUGGUAGGCUGAAUUCUCAAAACAUAUCACGCAUGAAUAAAGACCACACUCAGUGUUACAGUGAUACAGAAGCUGACUUUCACAGUGCAGGUAACUCUAGUAGAUGUGUUGUAGACGGUGGAAGAGAAGAUCCUGUGGGCAGGACAAGCAGUUCCGAUAUUAACGAGGCACAGGCAAAUGAAGCAAGUGGUCCAGAACGUAUGUUUAAAGUAGUUUUUGUUGGCGACUCCGGAGUUGGGAAAAGCAGCUUUAUUCACCAGUUCUGCAAUAACGAAUUUAAAGACAACUUCAGUGCUACAAUAGGAGUAGACUUUCAGAUAAAAACUCUUGUUGUAGAAGGUCACGUGAUUGCCCUUCAGCUUUGGGAUACAGCGGGUCAGGAGAGAUUCCGGAGUAUUACAAAGCAGUAUUUCCGCAAAGCCGAUGGUGUGCUGAUAAUGUAUGACGUCACAUCCGAAUCCUCUUUCAUUAGCAUCAGAAGUUGGAUGUCAAGUGUCAGGGAUGGUGUGGAUGAUGACACUGUUAUUGUAUUGGUUGGCAACAAGACUGAAGUGGAGGAGAAUCGAACAGUCAAGUCCAGAGAUGGGUCUAGACUUGCUGAAGAAUUUGCAUCAUUAUUUUUUGAAACAAGUGCAAAGACUGGAAGUAAUGUGAAGGAAACCAUAGUUGCCAUGUCAAAAAUUCUGCAAGAAAAAGAAGACCGUGCCAUUGAUGCUGCUUUAAAAUUGGAAGCACAGAUAGCUGUUGGAUCCAAAAAACGACCUUGCUGUUCAUAAACAGUGUACUCAAUGAACUCAGUAUUGUCCUGACAGUUUGACAGAGACUUAAUUUUCUCUUCUACUUGAAGAAAUAUAUUUCUGAAGCAUAAGAUGGGAUAUAACUUUACUUGUUACAUAAUGCAAGAUACAUGUUCUUUGUUUCAAAAAACAAUAGCUGCAACACAAAAGCACCCAUCUUAUAAUACAAGUUAUUUAAUUACAUUGAGAUGUCUAUAACACAUUUCAUGGUGUUAAUGGAGGUCUUGGGAUCAUCAAUGAUUGUAACAGUUUUCUCACCCAUGUCACAGUGAGGAUGAUGUAUAAAGAAAAUCAUGCUUUACAUACAAUUAAUUAAAGACAGUCUCCUGUUUCCGCUUCCAAACAAAAAUCUGUUAUAAGCAGAGAGUUGCCUGCCCCAGCAGUGGGUCAGUGCGUGAUUACUUCAUAAGACUGAGGUUGAACUUACAUUUGGUCAGUGCCAGAUUACUUCAUAAGACUGAGGUUGAACGUAGUAGAUCAGUGCAAGAUUACUUCAUAAGACAGGUUGAACAUAAAGAGUCGGUCAGUGCCAGAUUACUUCAUAAGACUAAGGUUGAACAUAAAGAGUCGGUCAGUGCCAGAUUACUUCAUACGACUAAGGUUGAACAUAAAGAGUCGGUCAGUGCCAGAUUACUUCAUAAGACUGAGGUUGAACAUAAAGAGUCGGUCAGUGCCAGAUUACUUCAUAAGACUAAGGUUGAACAUAAAGAGUCGGUCAGUGCCAGAUUACUUCAUAAGAUUGAGGUUGAACAUAAAGAGUCAGUCAGUGCGAGAUUACUUCAUGAGACCGAGGUUGAACAUAUUAUACACUUAAUGUAGUUGUACUGCAAGUCUAUAGUGAUAAAACUGUGCAACAUAGCUUCCGUCUAUAUACCAUUGUGGUACUCCAAGCCAAAGCUUCUCCAGUGAGUGAACAAAUCGAAGUGUUGCAAGUGAGAUGUUUAAUAUUACGUACAAUAGUGGUGUGCUGCUUGUAUACUCUUCCUUUAUUAAAAUGUUGCAACCUGAAAUGUAUUUUAAUGUAUGGAUCUGUAAAGAAAUAGAGGUGUGUGUAUGUUGACUUUACAGUACUAUUAAUAAUCAUACAUAUAGUACCUUUUUUUGCAGCAGUAAACUGUGAUAUUCACUAUGAUUAGUGUCUGCAGAAUUCAUACAAUGUUAUUUAUAUAGAGCAGUAACAAGUCAUGACUGGAUAAUUAUUGAUUACCACUAAACUGCCAAGCAUGUUGUGUGUAAUACUUCAACUUUUACAAUCGGACCAAGUCUGAUGAAUUUCUCCAAUGUACAUGUAUAGUAAUUUCUUCCUCUUAUGCUGUCACACCAGUCGGUGACUGCGGUUACAUGAUGUAAUAAUAAACUGGUGAUCAUGCAACUCCAAAACCCACAUGACAAGACAGUUUUAACAGUUUCUCUCAUUAUUUGGUUGUGGUUACAAAGUGUUAUUACCUAACGAUUGACGAAGGAUAUUUUUGUCAAGAGAUUGAAAUAGAAUUGUGGGAUCAAAGGUCCAGAUAAUGUUAAUAAUAUACACUUACCGGUAGCUUAUUACUUAAUAGUCUGUCAUGUUUCUUUUACAAUUUAUUGAGAGUAAAGUACAACAGUUAAAGAAUUUGGUUGUGUUCAACAAUACCACUAGAGCACAUCAUCAGCUAUUGGAUGUCAAAUAUUAGAAAUAAUUCCGACAUAUAUUAAACAUACACUUUUUAACCCAGUACCCAUUAGCCUAACAUGACCAAUGCACCAUUCAAGCUAGUGAAUAGCUAGAAAUAGUGGUCGCUGUUGGCUUGAAAAUGUUACACCUCAUUAGUUUGAUAGGUAACAGAGAUUCAUACUCAAAAUACUACAAUGACUGACAAAAAACUUAAGAGAAUUAUUGUACACCAGAAAAUAUAUAAUGAGACAUUCAAAAUGUACAGCGCCAGUGGUGAGGGUAACAAGCUGAGGAUUUGGUUCACUCAUUGCUAGUUCUGAACAUUUCAACUCUUUCGUUCUCCACAAAACAGACAACAAUCCUUCUGAAAUACCAAAUGAGAUGGAGAAAAAUGGAGGAUUAUUUUUAUUAUUAUUACAUUUUAUUUUUGUAACUUUUUUUUGGGGGGGGGGGGGUGGUAAAAUUUGGUUUAGCAUUAGGCCUACCUAUGAAGUGAAAUUUGGAUUCAUGUCAAGAAUCGUGCUUGUGUGACAAGUGUAAUGCAAUUGCAGACUUUUUUCUCUUGUUUUUAAUUUUUUUUUAAAUAUCCCCAGAUCAAGCAGACAUUGUCAAGGUUGGGGAGCCUCGAAUCAUUGCUGUACAAUGAUGAUACAUGUUCAAUCAUGAUUACAGUUGAUACAAUAAUUUAUUUAAUUUAUUUUAAAUCAACAAAAUAGAUAAAGUUUCUAUUAAAAAUUGUUUUAAUUGCGAUGCUUUGCAUGUUGGUGGUUUUAUAGUAUUUUCUGAUAUAAAUGCUCUCUAUUUACAUACAAGAACAAAAGCUAGAACAAAACUGAACUACAAAAAGAAGAAAAAUAUUUAUAUGUAUGAAUUCACAGACACUAGUUGGUUUUGAUUGGGGGGGGGAAGAAAGAAAAAAAUAGGGGGAGGAAGAGAAGAAAUAUAGAAGUAGAAACAAAAUCACUUAUAAUGCACUAGCAAUCCCAAACAAGUCCAAAAGGAAAAUUAAUGAUUUAAGAAAUAAAAGUGUCAGUUGAAAAAAAAAAGAAAAAAAAAGUUAUUUCUCUGAUUCUUAAAUGAAGAGAUUGAACCAUUUUUCCCAAUGUAUAUUAAAUUUGUCGUAUUCACAAAUUUUAAUAUAAAUGUAUUUUUCAAUUUGAAAUUUGUUUUUCAGGAUAUGUUCGAUAGCAUUUAUAUGUAAAUCUUUGAGAAGUAUUUUCAUAUUAUAAAUAUAAUAUUUUAUAUUGAAUAUUAACCAGUUCACUACAUAAGUUAGUUCGCCAUCCACAAUCUCAAACAUAAUAGCUUUUUUAUUGAACGAGGUGCCAAUUCUUGUUUUAUAAAAAAAUCCACUUUUCAACAGUUUCCCAUAGGUUUCUUACUUUAUUGCAGUCAUAAAAAAGGUGCUGUAAAGUGUCCGGUUCAUUAUUACAAAAAGUGCAUUUAUUAGAAUCUACGUAAUGAAUCAUAUGAAGAAAUUAAUUAGUGACAAGAAUUCUAUGAAGCAGUCUGUACUGGAACCAUCUUAAAGUUGUAUCUUUCAGACAUUUAAAAGGCAAAACAUAAUAUUUCCCCCCAAGUAUAGCAAUCGCAGUUCAAACCCUUAUUUGCAUAUUUUAUCUGUGACUUUGGAAUUAUGCUUUUAUAGUUCAAAAGUUAGUUUUGACAUAUAUUAUUUCUAAAAGCUUCAAAUGUAAGGAUAUUUCUUUCAGUGUGAAGUAAGUUGUGUAUGAAAACAAUUCCCUUUUUUAUACAGUUACCAUAUAAAAAUGGUUUAUUGUCUUUUAGUAUUAUAACAAAUAUUCAGUCCUUGAAUAUCUUCAGUAGUCUGUACACUUUGCUUUUGUUGUAUUGUUAACCAACUAAAUAAAACAAGUUUUUAAUACUAUCUUUUUUACAUAUAAUGAAAUAGUCCCGUGUAUAAUUAGGUCCUUAGUAUUUAUACCAGUAGUAGAUUGAAAUAACUUUACCCAUUUGUUACUAAGAUAAAGUCGUUAAAGAUGUCAUUAUGUUCUGUAUGUCAGAUCUGUUAAGAGUAAAAGUAGUAUCAUCAGCAUAUUGAGAUAUUAGAUAUUCUUCGCCAUCAAUAGUGAUACCUUUGAUAUUUGCAUUGUUUUAAACUAAAAUUGAGAGGAUUUCAGAACAAAUUAUAAAGAUAUACUGUGACAGGGGGUCUCCCUGUCUACAUCCUCUUUCUAAUUUAAAAGUUUCUGAUAAAUAACCAUUUUGCAGAACACUAAAAAUUGAAUUUUUAUAAAAUGUUUUAAUUGAACGUUUUUUUGAACUUUUGAAAUUAAAUAUUUCUAACGCUUUUUCAAUAAAAGUCCAUGAUGCUGAGUCAAAGGCUUUUUCGAAAUCCACUAAUACUAACAGACCAGGUAUAUUGUGCGUUUCAGUGUAUUGCAUUGGGUCAUAUAUCAAACGUAUAUUCUCUCCAAUAUACCUUCCUUUUAUAAAACCUGUUUGAUCUUUAUCUAUUAUUUUAUCUCAAAUUCUGUUUGCAAUACAACCAGCAGCCAUUUUGUAAGUGCAGUUCAAAAAAUUUAAGAAAUUGUCUAGGUUUAUUUUGCUUAAGAAUACAUGUUAUUAUGCCCCGUUUUUGCACAUGGGACAUUUCUUCAAUACUAUAGCUGUAAUUUAUUGAUCUGACUAUAAAAUGUCCCAAAUCGGCCCAAAAUAAUUUGAAACAUUUGGCUGUGAAUCCAUCUGAGCCAGGGCUUUUUUCAUUCUUCAUGUUUUUAAGUACGUUUAAAACUUCUUCAUAUGUUAUUUUUCCUUCUAGCGCUUGUGCUUCUUCAUUUGUUAGCUUAUUAAAAUUGUAACUGGAUUGCUCCUCAACUAUGUUAGUAUUUGAUUUUUCAGUUGGUGCAGAAUAUACGGUUUGGUAAAAACAUUUGGUUUCCGUUAAGAUAUCUUUUUGGUCUGUUACUACUGUACCAUUAUCUAAUUCUAUCCUUGAUAUUAAUUUACUAUAGUAAUUUCUGGACUCCAUGUUACAGAAAUAUUUAGUUGGCUUUUCACCCUCUUCAGUCCAUUUUGCCCUGGCUCGGAUGCAAUGCCCUUUAAGUUUUUCUCUUCUCAACUCUAUUAGUUCAUGUUUUUAUCUUCUAAUAUGUUUAUGUCUGUAGUAUAAUUUUCUUCCAAUGAUUUUAUUUCGUCACAUAGAUUCAUUUCUAAUUCAUGAUUAUUUAUUUUUUUAUAGGCUGAAUAGGAUACUGUUUUUCGCCGUAUUUCCAUCAAUAAUGUUUCGAGGAACAAUUGCUCAUUUAUUGUAAACUGUAUUUCGUCUUUUGGGAAGCAAGUUGAUGUAUUCUGGAUUAUAGAUUAAAAUGGCAUAUUGAGACGUUAUGUUAUUCAUAAUAUCUUUAGUAAUUUUUACAUACUCUUUGUCUGACAGCAAUGAAUUAUUAAAUUUCCAUAGACCAUUACCCUUUUGAAUUGUAUUUAACUUUAAGAGCAAUAUUACAUUAGAAUGGUCUGAACUAUAGCUAUUGUCUAUUAAAACUUGUUCAACAUGUGGCAUCAAAUUAUUGGAAAUAAGGAAAAAGUCUAAUCUAGCUAGUUUUAGUGGGUUUGGUUUCCUCGAAGUAUAUCCCUAAAAGGGUCCUUCAAAUCAAAUGUUUCCAUAAGUUCCUUUCAUGCUUUCGGAUGAUUAUUAUGCAGAUAGUUUUUCAUGUCUAGAUCUUGAUUAAGUACUAAAUUAAAAUUUCCAUGUAUUAUAUAUUUGUAAUUUUCAAACUCUUCUACAUGUAUAUCUUGUAGAAUAUUUACAAAGAAACUCGGAUUAUCAUUGUUUGGUCCAUAUAUAUUUAUUAUUGUUAUUUGUUCUUUGUUGAUAGUGAUAUCCAGUAUUAUAAAGUUUCCUGAAUUAUCAGUUUUCAUUUUGAGUAUUUUAUAUUCAAAUGUAUUAUUUAAUAUUAUCGCAACUACUCUAGCAUUACUGGAAAAAGAGUUAAACAUAUAUAUGGUUCUAAAUCAAGUGUGAAAUGGGUAUCUUGCAAACAGUAAAUAUCAAAUUGUUUACAUUUUAGAUAAUUUGAAAUAUCUUUUCAAAACCAUCAACAUGCUCGACACUUUCUCUGUUUAGAUGUACAUACAUCAGUGUCUCCACUAAAGACAGCUACAGUAAUAGCCUGUGUUUGAAGAUACGUUUGUGUAUAAAUUAAUUGUUAAAUAUUAUGCCAUUGCAUGCACACACACACGGUCUGUAUCGUCUAGACAACAUGUUGAUCAAUGAAAAAAAUAGCAACAUUUAAAUGACAAAAAUAAUAAGCUACACACUGUCUCGUAUACAUGCACAUGUAUACACAAAUAUGUUGUUCACAUGUUCGUAUGCACACACAUAUACACACACACAAUUAAAUAAGACAAAUAAUCUACAUAUAUACAAAUAUGUCGUGUACGCGCGCACACACACCAUUUAAAUAGUAAAAAUAAUACACAUAUAUACAAAUAUAUCGCACGCAUGCAUACACACGCAACACACACAUGCCCGCACGCACACAGACACACAUGUGCUACAUCAUCAAUACAUUAUCUGCUAAAAACUAUAUUAAGUCACUUGAUUUGUCGGUGACGAAGAACAUCAUUGGUAGAAACAAAAUUAAUCAGUAAUGUUAAAUAGCAAAAUCAAUCAACGUAUCUAGCAUAUACAUGUAUAAAUGUAAGUGAAAAAAAAAUAAACCCCAAAAACCCCCAACUAAACACACACACACACCGCAACAUAGAUACAAUUUUUUUUUGUUGAGGGGACGUACAUCGAGCAAGGAACAUAAAUUGAUUGUUUACAUAUCACAUAACACUUUUGGCAAUGUUUUGGUAUUGGAAGCCUAGCUAUAUGGCAAGCAUUCACUUAUGUUUAUUAUCUUUUUCAUUUGUUCGUCCGAUUUUAGCUUAGCAAAAAUUACUCUGUCUUUUGUCCAUGCACUUUCCACGUUUUCAAGUGACUUGACUUUGAUCAGGUUUUGAUAGUUCUCCUUGGUGAGAUCCUCGCUGAGACCAAUGCCAGUACCUUUCAGUUUCCUUCUGUUCCUCAGCGCUUCUAAUUUCUGCGUCCUCACUAUAAACUUAGCGAUAAUCGGUCGACUCCGAGCUUGGUUAAAGGGACCCAGUCUGUGCACGAUACUAAUGUUUCUAGUGGAAACUUUCAUGACAAUUUUUUCUAAUACUUCAACUGUCUUGUGCAUUGUUUCGGUAAUGCUUUCUUCUUGGUUUUCUAAUACUUCAACUGUCUUGUGCAUUGUUUCUGUAAUGCUUUCUUCUUGGUUUUCUAAUACUUCAACUGUCUUGUGCAUUGUUUCGGUAAUGCUUUCUUCUUGGUUUUCUAAUACUUCAACUGUCUUGUGCAUUGUUUCGGUAAUGCUUUCUUCUUGGUUUUCUAAUACUUCAACUGUCUUGUGCAUUGUUUCGGUAAUGCUUUCUUCUUGGUUUUCUAAUACUUCAACUGUCUUGUGCAUUGUUUCUGUAAUGCUUUCUUCUUGGUUUUCUAAUACUUCAACUGUCUUGUGCAUUGUUUCGGUAAUGCUUUCUUCUUGGUUUUCUAAUACUUCAACUGUCUUGUGCAUUGUUUCGGUAAUGCUUUCUUCUUGGUUUUCUAAUACUUCAACUGUCUUGUGCAUUGUUUCGGUAAUGCUUUCUUCUUGGUUUUCUAAUACUUCAACUGUCUUGUGCAUUGUUUCUGUAAUGCUUUCUUCUUGGUUUUCUAAUACUUCAACUGUCUUGCGCAUUGUUUCUGUAAUGCUUUCUUCUUGGUUUUCUAAUACUUCAACUGUCUUGCGCAUUGUUUCGGUAAUGCUUUCUUCUUGGUUUUCUAAUACUUCAACUGUCUUGCGCAUUGUUUCGGUAAUGCUUUCUUCUUUGUUUUCAUCCUUUAUUCCAAAAAAAGCGAAUGCUAUCUUUCCGUGUAUACUGCUCCAAAUUAAGUGCUAUGCCCGAUGUUACAUUUGCUCCUUUAAUUUCUUCUUUUAACCGCACAUUUUCCUGUUUUAACUUGGUGUUGUCUUUUUUUAGUUCAUCAUUAUCUAUCUGUAUUUGGAAAAGUUUUGCUUCGAGUUUGUCAAGGUUAUCUUGGAAAGUUUGAAGUAUUUCUUGUUUAAUUUGGGUGAGACUUGCUUGCAAAGCAUCUUUAGUUAUGGCUAAGUCAAGUUUUUUACUCAUCACAGUUUGCUGAUCAGUAAUUUCUUUAAGUGCACUUAAUACAGGAUCCAUGUCGACCCGAGUAGGCCUACUUGUGGAUAAUGUAGUACUAAUAGAUGUGUGCUUGAUUUCUUUUGAGGAUUUUUUCUUUUUCUUAUCUUGCUUGGUUCUAUGUUGCUGAGCUAAAUUUGUAUUUGGUGAAGUUUCACUGGAGUGCAAGUGCAAAUUUUUUUUACAUGCUCAUAUACCACUAGAGUUUCGAGCAUGUCCGUCCCGGGGCAGGUCUCUGGAGUCACUACUUAUCAAUCGUUUUCGAUCAUUAUACACACUCAUGCUCCUGUACUCCAAGUUAUCCAGAAUAUCACUGUGAGCUGUGAACAGUACUCACUGACCAAGGUUUUGACUUGGGGUUUUGCUACACGGAUGAACUCAUGGCUGUAUUUUUAUACCACACAAGAUGAUUAAAAUAAUAAAAAAUAACUUUUGUUAUGAAAUAAAAGUUCUCUCACCAGAAUCUUGAUGGUAACAUAAAUCUUCUCAUAUAAAAGUUGUCUUUGUAACCAAUCUUGUUCCAGUCAAAAAUAACAAAUUCACUUGAGUCCAGCCCAAGUAAUGACCUCUGACCUCUCUCCCAAUUGCAGACUUAAUGAGAUACUAUGUUAAUCAUGUGUAACAACUCAUCCUCCAAACCCCCCCCCCCCACCCCCCCCCCCCAAAAAAAACCCAAAACCAACACACCAUAUGUUUAUUAAAUAUUAAUUACUUUUCCUUUAUUCUAAAAAAACCCCAAACCCUACAAAUUCAUUAUACUUCUCCAGUGAUGUCAUUUUUGAUACGUGAUGAUACCACAGUAAAAAUACACAGGGCCAUUCAGCCAUUUUAGUAAGGGAUGUCAAUGCAGUCAAAAUACACAAGUAUAUUAAGCUAUCUUGAUAGGUGACGUCACUAUAGUAAAAAUCCAUGUCAAGUAUAUUCAGCUAUUUUGAUAGGCAAUGUCACUACAGUAAAAAUACACAAAUCCUUUGAGCAAUUAGUGUAAACCGUAUCAUUGACCAAUGGUGUCAUUUGCAUGUGAUGUCAGAAAUGUUUCUAAAACCUUUCUUCGAUUUCAGGCUGUUUGAUAGCACUGUUAUUUCACUGAAUUCAUGUUGUAUAAUAAAUACAAUGUAUUAUUAUUUACUUCCUUUUCUCAUUAAUGUACCAUGUUUGAUGGUAGUUUUACUUUUUGUGAUGAACAAUAAAUAAUAUGAAGUGGAGUUUGAAAAACAGCUGGUCACUUAAUGGUGUUGAACUUUCAGAAUUAUUGCGAAGAGUGACUCAAAUCUUCAUUUUGAUGUUCUUCUAUUAAUCAUAAUGUAAUUAUGUAUUAUUUAUUUAUUUAUGUAUUAUUUAUUGAAUCAUUAUAGUUUGCAAAUUAUAAAUCCUGUGUGUUGUGAAUUUGAACAUUGGUGCAAUAACUUUAAUAAAGUGCAGUCUGUGAAGUUGUCAGUAUGGAUGAAAGUAAUUACAGAUAUUGAAUUCAGUAUGAGUACACCACAGGUACCCCCAAACAGAAACCCCUAAUACAAAUACUAUAGUUACAUAUAUAUUAUAACGUUACUAUAACAUAUCUGACAUUAUUGUUUGGGGAUACCUGUGGAUUACACAAGUGAAAUAACAGUAAUUUGAAACACAUCAUUAGCAACCAAGUUUAUCUUCCAUAAAUAACAAUUUGAAAAAAAAGUUUCUAGUGUGAGCCCUGAAAAGCUUGCAAAGUGAACUUUUUAUUUUUAUUGAUGUUUUCUUAUUAUGAUAUGGCACAUGGUAGGGCUUACUGAAUUGGUGUUGUGUGGAACAUGGUAGGGCUUACUGAAUUGGUGUGUGGCACAUGUUAGGGCUUACUGAAUUGGUGUUGUGUGGCACAUGGUAGGGCUUACUGAAUUGGUGUUGUGUGGCACAUGGUAGGGCUUACUGAAUUGGUGUGUGGCACAUGGUAGGGCUUACUGAAUUGGUGUGUGGCACAUGGUAGGGCUUACUGAAUUGGUGUUGUGUGGCACAUGGUAGGGCUUACUGAAUUGGUGUUGUGUGGCACAUGGUAGGGCUUACUGAAUUGGUGUUGUGUGGCACAUGGUAGGGCUUACUGAAUUGGUGUUGUGUGGCACAUGGUAGGGCUUACUGAAUUGGUGUUGUGUGGCACAUGGUAGGGCUUACUGAAUUGGUGUUGUGUGGCACAUGGUAGGGCUUACUGAAUUGGUGUGUGGCACAUGGUAGGGCUUACUGAAUUGGUGUUGUGUGGCACAUGGUAGGGCUUACUGAAUUGGUGUUGUGUGGCACAUGGUAGGGCUUACUGAAUUGGUGGUGUGUGGCACAUGGUAGGGCUUACUGAAUUGGUGUUGUGUGGCACAUGGUAGGGCUUACUGAAUUGGUGUUGUGUGGCACAUGGUAGGGCUUACUGAAUUGGUGGUCUGUGGCACAUGGUAGGGCUUACUGAAUUGGUGUUGUGUGGCACAUGGUAGGGCUUACUGAAUUGGUGUUGUGUGGCACAUGGUAGGGCUUACUGAAUUGGUGUUGUGUGGCACAUGGUAGGGCUUACUGAAUUGGUGUUGUGUGGCACAUGGUAGGGCUUGCUGAAUUGGUGUUGGGUGAUAUAUUUAAAUAGCAGAUGUUGAAUGUGUUUUUAAAAAAAAACCCAUUCUGUCUGUUGCUCUAGUCCACUUUAUUCAGUAUUGUGUUCAUACCAUCAUUUAUUCUGUCACAUACCGGAGCAGAGAUUGGAAGAUUCACGUACUAUGAAUAAUUAUAGUUAUUUUAAUUAUACUGCAUUGUAUUAUAAUGAAUCUUGGCUUUAUAUAAAGCAGUCAUCACUUCUUUGUGAACAUUAGAAAAUAAAGGCCAUUUUAUCUAA